ACACUGGAAUCGGAAUGCAUGGGUGCUCACAUGAUUCAUUCAAUUGCACUACGUUUUUUUGGGGGACCUGCAUUCACUAUAUCUGGUCUCCCCGGACCCUGCAUUCACUAUAUCUGGUCUCCCAGGACCCUGCAUUCACUAUAUCUGGUCUCCCCGAACCCUGCAUUCACUAUAUCUGGUCUCCCAGGACCCUGCAUUCACUAUAUCUGGUCUCCCUGGACCCCGCAUUCACUAUACCCUGGUCUCCCCGGACCAUGCAUUCACUAUAUCUGGUCUCCCCGGACCCCGCAUUCACUAUAUCUGGUCUCCCCGGACCCUGCAUUCACUAUAUCUGGUCUCCCAGGACCCUGCAUUUACUAUAUCUGGUCUCCCCGGACCCCGCAUUCACUAUAUCUGGUCUCCCCGGACCCUGCAUUCACUAUAUCUGGUCUCUCUGGACCCUGCAUUCACUAUAUCCGGUCUCCCCGGACCCUGCAUUCACUAAAUCUGGUCUCUCUGAACCCUGCAUUCACUAUAUCCGGUCUCCCCAGACCCUGCAUUCAUUAUAUCUGGUCUCCCACAGUACACACAACAUGGAAGUGCAAUUAUUUUAGUAAAUAUAAAACUGCUAAAUACCUUUUCUCAUCAGCAGUAUAUAGGAGUCUUGUA